CCGUCUACAGUCUACCCGGACUCAGUGGAGGUCUCCGUGGCUCUUCUGCCGGCACUAAGAUGCAAUGUAGGUUUGAGGUUAUGCCAUAACGUCCACAGGCUGCUUUCUCCUGGAAGAGAAACUUCGUUCCUUCUUUCUUAUCCUACUCCAGAUGCAACCAUAGACCACAGACAUCGAGUCUGAGGAACUCCUCACAUUUCAGAUGAAAGUUGUACUACGACAGCACUGCUCCUAAAGACCCCUCUUCUGUCUCCCGUUUGUGUCCCCCUUUUGUGUCUCCAUCUCAGCCUCUACCUGAACCCAACCACCAUCUCAGAGCGGCACACUAUAGAAAGACUAUGGCAGGCCCAGGAGGCCCUUCCGAGUCAGCGCCUUGUCAGUUGACACCUCUGUCGGCACCUAUGGCUGGCCCGAUGGCCUCGACGCCAUACAACGGCAUCACAAGUCGUUCGCUCGGCUGGAAAUUGAGAAAGCUCGGAGACUUCAUGGAAGGACGGAUCCCACAGCACCGGCAUGUCAAGAGAUGGGACGGCGCGGCGAGGACGUGCACUGCUUGGGACAGUCUAAGAAAGGAUCCCGAACUGUGGUAUAGGGAUGGCAAUUGCUUCGUACAUCUAUAUGGCAAGGGCCAGUCGCGAAGAGGGCCAGCUUUCAAGGUCCCUUUGGGCCCUCUUCUGGACGCCAGAUGCCAGCCUCUCAUCAACAAGUAUCUGUCUCGAGACUUACCAGAAUCGGAUGCCUCCGAGCUGGAGCAUGUCGGCCAUGAGCUCCUGGUCGGUAGGGUUGACCUUUACAUCCCGCCACCGCCAAUGGCAGAUCAGGACCAGGCUCUCCAGUUCCGCCUGGCAAUGCGCAACUUCUUCGCCUGGGUCUACCGGAGGUCCAUGGUUGGAGAACACCUCGGCAGCGCCCUGAUCGAGCUUGUGAACAGCAUGUCCGAGUUCCGAAGUCCGGGCGUCGACAUUGUCGAGGACACGAUGAGCUACCUCGACCAGGAGGGCUAUUUGGACAUCACCAACCAUCCGAACCAUGCACUUGCGAUGCUCCAUCUCGCCGAGACCUUCCAGUUGAAGGACCUCUACAUUGAUGCAUUUGCCCAUUGCGUCGGUAUGGGCGAGCAGUUGUACACCUGCAAUGAGUAUCAGAUCCUAAGCUCAGUUACCCGGAAGUUAGUCCGAAGCGCAAAGGCAGACAUGGACUCUAAACUCAGCCAAACUGCUCUGGUGUUGUCGGACUUCCUCGAAGAUGAGCUCUCGGCAACUAACCUCGACUUGUCCGCUGCGGGCGGAGUCCAUCUCCAACGCUUCCGGGCCUUCCUGCUUGCUUUCUACACUGCCUCGCUGGGACAUUAUCCGCCAGCGCCCGUGGAAGCAAGAAGCACCAUGUGGGAUCCAGAGGUGCACCGGCUGAUGAGGGCAGACUUUGAGGCUCUUUAUGAGUAUCUCGUUGACGAGACCUUCACGAUAGCAGGGAGCAGCCCAUUCCUUGCCGAACGCGGCAUCACUGUCCUGCACUGUGUCAACGCCUUUGACAUCCGUCACAGGUAUAUGUCACUGCUUCACCCGCUGCCCCUCCUCCCCCAGAUAACAGCACCAACCUCCAGGACGCUGUUCCCCUUCAGCAGACGGGAUAAGUUGCGACCGGAUCAGCGGCUUGUCGCUCACGCAGCCCUAAUUAAGGCCUCGAACAAGGAGAAGUUCAGACUGGUGCAAAAUCACCUCGUUGUUGCCUACAAACGGUUCGAAGAAGACUCGGUCUACACCCGGAGAAAGUUUGACAGGAACCAGAAGCUCUCACAUGUUGAGGGCCGGAAGAUCCGAUGGAUUCUGAUCUACGGGAUCCUCCAGAUGCUGCGAAGCUGUACGGAUGCGCCACCCGAGGUCCGAGACACGUCAGUUGUCAACUACAGCUUAGCCGUGUCGACCGCCAACCUGCCUCCUUGGAAGGAAGGGCACCGCUUCUCGUCACUCCGCCCCAGAUCCAUCUUUUCCCCGACGAACUUGUCCAUCAUGCCGCCCCUCUCCCGAGCUGCCAGCCCGCUUUCUCAUGCUGCCACCCCCGUCUCCCUUGUUACCACCCCUAUCUCUCGUGUUGCCACACCCCUCUCUCGUGUCACCAGCCCCCUCUCCCGUGUUGCCAGCUCGACUUUCUCCUGUCGGUCGACCCCGGUAAUCAUGAUCACGGAGAGUAAAUAUGAUUCCGACCCCCCAGGCCUUGCGCAGCACAGCAAACACUCUCCCCGCAGGACACUAUCGUCGAUACGCGCGUCCUCGGCAAGAGGGAUUUCCCGCACCGGAAGUCUGAUAAGCCGUCUCGCCCAACCCGCCAGCUUCAGAUCCUCGAUAGCCUGGCUGAAGGGCAACGCCUCCUACUCGCCGCUUCAGGCCAGUGCCCGACGGCCAGUCUACCACGAGAUCGUGGUGCACGGCUACGGCAACGGCACCAACGACGUCCGGGUCGGGGAGGAGCAACCCACCGGGGACACCCCUGGCGACCCGGCGACUCCCCCACGCCGCUCCAGCGCCUUCUCAUUCUCCCCAUCUCCCCCGUCCCCCUCCUCGUCCUUCUCGCCCCACACCCCCGCCACAGCCACCAGCAGCGCCUGCUGGACCACAUCCGGCAGCGCCACCGGCGACACGACGACGACGCCCCGAACCGAGUACUCGCCCGUCAGCUGGACCUGCGCCUCCCCCUCCCCGUCCUCCCCAUCGUCCGAUGCCGCCUCCUCCUCGGCCGGCCCGCUCAUCCCGGCACGGCGGCGCGUGCUCGACGACACUCAGAUGUUCCGCGCCCGGGGGCCCGCGUCCUGCUCCAGCAGCGUGUACUCGACGGACGAACCCACGCACCCGGUUGUCCCGUCGCUGUCGCCGUCGCCUCCGCCGCUGCUGCCGCAGCGCAACUCUGCGCGCGGGAGCAUGGUGCUGAUGGUCGGCGAUGUUGGGGCCGGGGCCGGGGUCGGGGCUGGGGAUCUGCACCCCUCACCGCUGAGGAUUAGGAAGGAGGCUGGGAGCGGGGGUGAAGAUUUGCCAGGUCUCUAGGGGAGAAUUGGCGUCUGUCUCUCUUCUACCGUGGCUGAUCCCAGAGGGCAAUCUCGGUACGCGCUGAUAAGUUGAGCACGUUGUAUGGAUAUCAUAAUGAGGAUUUCCUUCUCCCUUCUUUAUGCCUGCGGAUUUGUUUCGGGCUGGCAAGUAGGCCGGCCGGCUGGCUGGCUGGCUACCGGAGAAACACUCAUAUAUUCAAGGGAUGUGCCUUGAUAUGCAGCACGCCUCUAUCGUGACUCUGCAUUGACCUUGCUGCCAG